GUCUAAUGUGUUAAUUCUUAUCCAAUAUUUCUGAUAUAAACAAACCACGCCGAAUACCUAAGUAUCGAUUAAAUUACCCAAGAUAGAACCACAUCAAUUUAGAAUCUUCUAAAUACUCUAUCUACUCAUAUCAUUACCCACCUAAAUAUCUGGGUUGAUACUGAGCGCAUCGACCUGCAACAUCCCAGUGGCCACCGACGUUCUGGGUUAUGAUACGGGAGCUUGCAGCACGGGUACCAAGUGUUUACCGUCCGAAAUCGAUAUCGUCUCUCCAAACGGGGGCAAGACAUUGGAAAGAUAUAUUGUCUUAGUAACAACUACGGCAUAGUCAUCUUCACUCAAGUAAUUCUGAAAAGCAUGGGAGAGAUGAUCCAUCUUAAAUUACAGCCAGUGGAAGGGAAUUCUACAACCCCAACUCCUUUCACAACACCAACGUCUUCAUCAAUUAAGUCUACAACUAAGAAGCAAAGGCCGAGAUCGAUAAGAUCAAUUUGGAGCAGACUGGUGUUCCCUUAUACCUUGGGAGAUUGGAAGGUCAUUAUGGAUGAAGUCAAGAAGCUGUAUUCGACAAGACAAUACGAACAGUGUGCUGCGCAAUGUACAAAGGUUCUCAAUAGCAUUACAGACCCAUAUCGUGUUCAUCCUCUUCACUCACUCUUCUUAUCCUUUUAUUGUGCCACCUGUUUGGAAAUAACAGCAUCGAACCUUACCAACAACUCUCCCGAAAAGCUUCUACUUCUCCGAGAUUCUUUGUCAUACUUCCGGAAAGCAGAGGAAUAUAUCACAUACGCAGACAUUCCUAUUCAAAACAAUGACUUGUCGCGAAGCAAUCGGUCAUCUUCGAUAUCAUCCACAUCUAGUGCUCGUUCUUCCGUGGACUCUGUAUUUUCUUCAACAUCAUUCCCUUCUACCAUCGAUAGACUCUCACCUGCUUUCUCGUCCUACUCUUUUGAGAGUUGUGACGAUAACAAGACCCCCAGACACAGCCGUACAUUCUCCGGAUCAUCGAUGGCAUCGAUACAAUCUACACAAUCAACAGACACUACCACAACUCCACAUAAGCCAGCACCACUUCGCAUAAAAAAGAAAGUUUCUUUCUCUCCAGCAUUGCCCACACUUAUAUCUGAACAAAGCCCUGACAACGAUUCAAGCUUGAUCGAAACCAUUUCACGCGCCAUUCCAUCUCCAUUCACUCCUUCUCGACCUAUCAUCUCCUCCAAGUACCAAUCACCAUCCCCGGACUACCCCUCUCACAACACGCUUAUCACAAGCUAUAAUCUCAACCUCUCAUCACUAACAACACAAAUUACCUACCACAUCACACAUAUCAACAAUCUCAUCGAUAACAUGCAAAACGUACGCAAAUCUCGACGCAGUAAUCAACCCUCAUUUGCCCCUUCAUUAUUCAAUUCUCCAGAUGGUCUCAGUAAUGAGGAUAGAGCAGAAAUGGAACGACAGGACAUCCGAGCAAGAAUUGAGAAAUUGAGGAGUGGAGGUUGGGGAAAAAAAAGGUGGGAUGGAAGUAGAUAUGCGGCUUUGAGGCAGGAAGUCGAUAAUGAAAUGAAUGGUUGGAUAUGA